GACAUGGUGCAGCGAGCCAUGCGGGGAAGGGGCUCGGAGGGGCGGCGGGAGCCCUGCGCUCCUCUGCCCGCCCACGACGCGGAACCCGCCUGGUGCAAAACGCCCAGCGGUCACAUCAAGCGGCCCAUGAACGCCUUCAUGGUGUGGUCGCAGCACGAGCGCCGCAAGAUCAUGGACCAGUGGCCCGACAUGCACAACGCCGAGAUCUCCAAGCGCCUGGGUCGGCGCUGGCAGCUCCUGCACGACUCCGAGAAGAUCCCCUUUGUGAAGGAGGCCGAGCGCCUGCGCCUCAAGCACAUGGCCGAUUACCCCGACUACAAAUACCGCCCUCGGAAAAAGGGCAAAGUGGGCACCGCCACCGCCCGCCCGCGCCUCCCGGUGAAGAUCAAACCCUCGGUGCUGGGCCGCGUCCCCGCCGCCCGCAGGCAGCCCUCCAAGCCGCCCCCCGAGCCGGGCAUCGCGCAGCGCCCGCCGGAGCCGCCCGUCGAGGACCGCCCCGGCACGGCCACGUGGAACGCGGUGCCCACCGGCGAGCGCAGCCCCGCGGCCGCCACCAGCCCCGAGCCGCGCCCGGAGAGCGCGUCCCCGUCUCCCGCACCCGCCGGUUCGCCUCCGUCCUCCUUGGGUUCCUCGGACGAGGAACUGGAGGAGGAGCUGCUGGGCGUGCUGCCCGCGCGGGCACCGGGUGGCACAGCGUGCGGGGCUCUGGACUGGUCCGUCCUGGACAAGGACCUCGAUCUGUUCCCGCGGGGCGCGUCCUCGCACUUCGAAUUCCCGGACUAUUGCACGCCCGAGGUGACGGAGAUGAUCGCGGGGGACUGGCUCAUGUCCAGCAUCUCGGACUUGGUCUUUACCUACUGAGUGCCGCUCUCUGCAGGUAACUCCUCUUCUUUUCCCACAAUCAGGUCGUCUCAAAAAAACAAACAAACAAACGAACAAACAAAAAAACAAAACCGAAACCAGCUGUUUACAUGCAGGAAUCAGGUAUUUAGCCUUGAAGCCGCUGGAAGGCAGAGCUCCCUGCUCCCCCCAUCCCCCCGGCACACACCCACUCCUCCUCCAUCCAUCCAUGGCGGUGCAGGGCUCAGCCCUCCUCGCUGCACGGCACGCUGCCGUUCUUCGCCCAUGAAAGGCGGCUGCCUGGCAGGGUCCCAUUGUCACCACCCCCUGCCGGACCCCUUCCCCCUGUAGCUCUGUCCCUGCCUCGCGCUGCCCCGUUUUCUCCUCCUUAGCUCUCCCACUCGCUCAUCCCUUGGAGAACAGCCAGUUUCCUUUAUUAUCAUUAUUGUUGUUAUUAUUAUUAUGGCUUUUUUGGAUCGCAUAGAAAGCACGUCUUCGAUUCUCUCCUGUUCCUCAUAGCAGCCCUUCGGGAGCGCUACCUUUGGCCGCGCCGUGCCCGAGGCUCUCCGUGGUGGCACAACCCAUCUCAGUCCCUCCCUACCUGCUGCCCUGUGCUGUGGGGUCCCCGCCUUUGGGGUUGGGGGUCCCUCAGGACAGGUUCUCUCCUUGCGUUUUGGCUGCGGCGCGUUCUCCCCGCCACUCGGUUUGGGGCAGAGCGAAGUUGCACGCACGUGAUCCGCACGUGGCGCGGGGAGGCUGCGUUAUUCCUCUCUCCAGACAUUUGUGCACAGCCACCCGCACCGCGAGCCCGUGCCGUAGGGCAGCCUGCCCGGCAUUAAUGCCCAGGCGUGGGGUGCCCAUGCCUGUAUGGGACCCGCUCCGGGCUCAUCCCCCCCAAGGCUGGCGAAGCCUGUGCUGCAGGAAAUCUGCCUUAAGCUCUCGCACGGGGCCGCCGCCGCCACCAGCAGCUGAUGCUGGCGGAGAUGUGGGGUGCGGGCGGUGCUCCGGUGCAGCGAUCCUCUGUGGUGCGCCCGGUGUUGGCUCCGAGAGCCUGGGUUUCACCGCAGAGCAGCGCUGCGGAGCUCCCCAGCAGGGCAGCUCCUGCUGCAGCGCUCCUCCGGCCGCGUUUGUCUUUGCUUUCCCCAAUGGUUCCUUCCUGCAGCAAUCCGCCUCCUCCCGCUGUCUGUGAGCACAUGGCCGUGGUGCCGGCAGGGCGGGGGACGCGGGGCUCCAUCCCACGUCCGUGCGGCACAGAAGCGGCCUCUGAGGUCCUCGAUUCCAAAGUGGGAAUCUGGGCACGAAGGAUCCCCCUAACCCUACCCGUCCCCGCUUUUGGGGGGAUGCCGUUUCCUCCGGUUGCACGCAGCCCCGCGUGCACCCGUUGCAAUGGGGCUGGAUGGAGCCACGAGCAGGGCGCGCUCAGCCCCUUUGUCCCCCUCUAUGGGGAGCAACGUGGGGCUGCUGGCGUCGCCGGAGAUGCCGCAGGGAGCGCCGUGUCCCCGCUUAAGGGCACCGGGUGCCUCCCGCCCCAGUGGCCGCGGGGCUGCGGAGCCGCGAGCUCAGCGUUAUCGAUGUGUAGGUGUGUAGAGGUAGCUGUGGUGUGCGUGUGUCUGGUGUUGCGUCCCCGACGGUGUUUAGUAGCCCCGGUGCGGCUGCGAUCCUGCGAGGCAGGCGGGCACCGCCCACAUGUCCCCAUGUAGAGAGCAUCCCCCCCCCCCCCCGACCCUCUCCCUCCACUCCAACCCAGCAGAAAAGCCAAAUGCCGAGGGGCUCCACGCACAAACCGGGUUUGGGGUUCAUUGAAGGGCUUCCCCGGCGCACAGCUCCCACCCGACACCUCGCUGCCUUCUGGGGGCAUCGGAGCCCCCCUACCGCCGCCACGUCCCACGCGGGGAGCCAAACCCCCAAAACCGGCAGGGCCCGAGGCCACGGUGCGGGGCUGCAUCCCCAGCGUUUCCUCAGGACAGGCUCUGGCUCAGCCCCCCCCCCUCCGAGCCCGGCCUCAAGCACAACACCGUGC